AUGGCUCCCCUCACUAUCGGCGGUCUCGAGAUCCCCUGGGUUGACACUGUUCGGCCUGAGAACACGACCUGCAUGGCACCGUACCAAAAGCAAUCUCGGAAGACUGGUGUACUGCCCAAAGGGUGGAAGAUGGCGGAUAACAAGCGAGCUCUCCCUUGCGAGGUUGUUUUUGACCAAAAUAUGGCUAUUUCGCUCCGCGAUGGAAUUUACUGUGACAUAAUACGCCCGAACAUUAAGGAAAAGGUUCCUGCCAUCAUUUCUCUGAGUCCGUAUGGAAAGUCAGGGCAUGGAUUCUAUAUUUACGACAAUUGUCCUUUUCGACUCGGCAUCUCGGAAGAAGCAACAUCUGGGCUGGAGAAGUUCGAAGGUGUCGAUCCUGCGGAAUGGGGCCCCCGAGGGUACGCUGUGGUAAAUGUUGAUGUCCGCGGAUCGUGGGAAUCCGAGGGAGAUCUUUACAUCGAGGGCACUCAGCCAGGCGUCGAUGGGUACGAUAUUUGUGAGUUCAUCGCUGCCUUGGACUGGUGCACUGGAGGCGUAACCAUGGCAGGCAACUCGUGGCUUGCUACGACUCAGUGGAGCACUGCGAUUCAAAAGCCGCCGUCUCUUAAGUGCAUUGCUCCCUGGGAGGGUUUCACUGAUAAGUACCGCGAUGUUGUCUGUCGAGGUGGAAUACCGAAGCGAGACUUUGUCUCAUUCAUCUUCAACCAGACUAUCCGAGGUCGGCAAAGGCGAGAGGACCUAGCCAAGGCACUAGACGACUGGCCUCUCAUGAACGCCUUCUGGGAGGAUAAGGCCCUCGACACAAGCAUGAUAGAGAUUCCCAUUUACGCACUCGGAAGUUACUGCUCUGGAAUCCACGUACCUGGCAGCAUUCGCGGUUUCAACUCGGCUACAUCGAAAGACAAGUGGCUUCGCAUCCAUUCGACGCAGGAGUGGUUCGAUCUCUACAGCAAAGAAGCAUCCGGCGACCUCCAAAAGUUCUUCGAUCGCUAUUUAAAGGGCGUGGAUAAUGGCUGGGAAAAGACACCCCGUGUCCGAGUGUCAAUCUUGACAUUCGCAAGGCGCAAGAAACCGAUGGUGAAUUUGCCUUUCACAGAAUACCCGCCGAAGACCACAGACUACAGAAAGCUCUAUCUCACACAAUCCAACACUCUGGCCAAGUCACCUUCCGGGUCGGGGUUGCUAUCGUACCAGUCGGACAACAUCAACGCAGCGCCGCUUGAGCUUUUGCACGUCUUUGACAUGCCAACGACGGUGAUGGGCUAUGCCAAAGCCAAACUCUGGGUCUCAUGCCAGGACACUGACGACCUGGAUAUUUUUCUCUCUCUGAGGAAGGUCGACGUGAACGGAAAGCUUCUGGAGCACAUAAAUGUUCCCUGGGAAGCUCUCCCUGCCAACGUUCACACGCAGGAAGACGUUCCAAACUCCAACACUAUCAAGUAUCUGGGUCCAACUGGCGUUCUCCGAGCUUCCCAUCGAGAGCAGGACCCCGUUCACUCCACCGACAUUAUUCCUUUUCAUCCCCAUACUAAGGAGCAAAAGGUCGCUGAGGGAGCAAUUGUCCCCGUUGAAAUUGGGAUUUGGCCUACCGGUAUUCACUUUGCAGCCGGUGAGGCUCUCGUUUUGAGAAUCCAGGGUCACUUGGAUCAGAUGGUUGAGUUCAUCGACCACAUCGACAGCAAGCCGGAGAACCUCAACAAGGGCGAUCACAUAGUCCAUGUUGGUGGGAACUACGACUCGCACUUAGUUGUUCCUAUUGUACACGUAUCUUGA